CCUCAAGUAUAAGUCCAUUAAUUCAUUAAACAAUUUUUCUUUCAUCCACGUACAUUUGUACUUGUACCGUUGUUGUGACAAUCAACAAAACACACCUUCUAAAUUGACAUAAAGACUUUCGAAACAAAGAGGUCAUUCACAUCGAAUCAAGAACAACCACACAAAUGAGUUCGAUACCACAUCAUUAAUCCAAAACCGAAAGACAGUGUGUUUAUAGAUUCUCUUACUUAGAAAAUACCAAUAAAACUUCUAAUUUACAUUUGGUACACAACAUAGAUUUCAAAACUUAUAUAGCAAUUUCUUAUGGAACCCUUUAACUCGUAACAUUGGUUCAUUGCUAUUAUAUAUACACACACACAGUCUCACACAGACAAACACACAAUCUUUGGUUACAAGCCAUUUCAAAAAUGGGAAAUCCGCCAUACAAAGCAGUGAAUCUAGGAAACUGGCUUUUGGCUGAGGGGUGGAUGAAACCUUCUCUCUUUGAAGGAAUUGUCAACAAAGAUCUCUUGGAUGGAACUCAAGUACAAUUCAAGUCAACAAAGUUUCAGAAAUAUCUUUGUGCUGAAGAUGGAGGAGGAACUGCUAUUGUAGCCAACCGUGGUUCACCUUCUGGUUGGGAAACAUUCAAACUUUGGAGGGUCAAUGACUCAUCCUUCAACUUUAGGGUGUUCAACAAAAAAUUUGUGGGCUUAAAUAAUAUAGGAGGAGGUAACACAAUUGUAUCCUUUUCAGAUUCACCUGGCAACAGAGAAACAUUUCAGAUUAUAAGGAACAAUGAUGAUCCCCUCAAAAUUCGAAUCAAAGCAUCAAAUGGUCUAUUUUUGCAGGCUCAAUCAGAGACAUUAGUGACAGCAAAUUAUCAAGGCACAAAUUGGGAAGAAAGUGACCCAUCAGUCUUUAAAAUGACAAUUGUAAGAACUUUAGAAGGAGAGUACCAACUUACUAAUGGUUAUGGUCCUGAUAGAGCCCCUCAAGUCUUAAGGGAGCAUUGGAAUUCAUACAUAACUGAAGAUGAUUUCAGAUUUAUGUCACAAAAUGGAUUAGAUGCAGUCAGAAUACCUGUUGGAUGGUGGAUAGCCUAUGAUCCAAAUCCACCUAAGCCUUUUGUUGGAGGAUCCUUGGCUGCACUUGACAAUGCUUUUACAUGGGCACAAAAUCAUGAGAUGAAAGUGAUUGUAGAUUUGCAUGCUGUUGAAGGUUCUCAAAAUGGCAAUGAACAUAGUGGAACAAGAGAUGGAUAUACAGAAUGGGGUGAUUCUUACAUACCUCAGACAGUAGCUGUGAUUGAUUUCUUAGCACAAAGGUAUGGUAAUAAACCAAGUUUAGGAGGAAUAGAGCUGAUGAAUGAGCCACAAGGUGUCAAUCUUGAUAGUCUCAAGAAGUAUUACAAGGCAGCUUAUGAUGCUGUGAGAAAAUACAACCCAGAGGCUUAUGUGAUCAUGUCAAAUCCAUUGGAUGGAGAUUCUAAAGCUCUUCUCUCAUUUGUUAGUGGCUUCAACAAAGUAGUCCUUGAUGUGCAUUACUACAAUAUGUUUUGGGAAAAAUUCAAUGGCAUGAAUGUUCAACAAAAUAUCGACUUCAUAAGAAAUGAAAGAGCAUCAGAUCUUGCUGGUGUAUCUUCAACAAAUGCUCUUACUUUUAUAGGGGAAUGGACGGGUGAGUGGACCAUACAAAAUGCGUCUAAGCAAGAUUUCCAAAACUUCGCCCAAGCCCAAUUGGAUGUGUAUUCUCGGGCAACAUUUGGAUGGGCUUAUUGGUCCUACAAAUGUCAGUUUAAUCGUUGGAGCCUUAAGUGGAUGAUCGAGAAUGGUUACAUAAAGCUGAGUAAAAAAAGUGUACCGAGAGAUAGCUUCCGACAGGAUGUGAGGGAUUUCAAGUAACAUGGGGGAGGAGAGCAACCGUCCUAGAUGUAGGGGGGGGUUCUUUUGCCAACCCAACAUUGCUUCAAAUGUAUGCUUCUAAAAAAACUAUCAAACUUUUGCUAUAUGAUUGUAUAUUUUAUAAAUAAUUUGUUAUUUGAAUUCAUGCUCCGAAAAAUAUGAGAAAUUUUUAGUAGUAAGGGUGGGGAAAGAGAAACACCCUUGCAUGUACUGUGGUUACUCUAAUGAAUAAAAUACUAUAGUUCAACAUA